GAAAGUAUCAGUUUUAAUUCAACAUCCAAACAGUGCGCGCUAUUCUUGCAAAAAUGUUUCGCUUACUUUUCAUUAUUUUUCUGCAUUUUAUUUUCAUUUUUCGAAUUAAAUUUGUACUUUGUGAGAAUAAUGAUAUAAGCACAGUGUGUGAUUGCAAUUGUGAUGUAGACAUAGAAAUCGUUAAAACAGUGAUGGAAGACAUGAAAGACAUGAAGAAGACUACCGAUAACAUCGAAAAACAGUUAAUUGCAAAACGCGCAUCAAAAUCGUCUAGUUGUCUGGAAGCAGCAGCUAACAGCUGGAAGAGUGGGGUUUAUGAAAUUCAGAUCGAAAAGAUUAAUAUCACUAACGUGAAGAUGUUUUGUGAAGAAGACGUGGAUUUUGGCGGAUGGAUAGUUAUUCAACGGCGUCAGAAUGGCACGGUGGAUUUUAAUAGAGAUUGGCAUGACUAUAAGGAGGGAUUUGGCGACUUAACGGGAAACUAUUGGAUCGGUUUGGAAAAACUACACGCGAUCACUAGCAGCUGUGAACAGGAGUUGUAUAUUCAAAUGAAAAGUCGUAACGGCACAGAAUAUUAUGCAAAAUAUUCUGCAUUGCUAAUCGCUGAUGAAAUAGAAGGCUACGCUUUGAAGAAAUUGGGUAAUUAUAGCGGAAAUGCUGGCGAUUCCUUAAAUCGUCAUUUGGGAUACAAAUUUUCAACACGCGAUCGUGAUAAUGAUGCUCAUGAAAAUUAUAAUUGUGCAGAGGGUUGGAAAGGCGGUUGGUGGUUCUUCAAAUGUUAUAACUGUUUUCUAAAUGGUGUAUAUGGGGAUAAUGUGAAAUGGAAUAAAAUACAUCAGAACGAAACCCUAGCGUUUGCGCAAAUGAUGAUACGACCAACUCCAAAAUGCUUUAGGCGAUUGAUGUUGAGCAAUUUAAAUUGAUGGAACUAAAGAAAUAUUCCGUUUUAACUACAUAUUUGUAUUUAAGGACGUAUGCUUGUAUGUUAAACAUUGUUUUUGUUAUUUUUUUGUUUUUGUUUUUAUUUUGUUAACAGAAUCAUGAAAAUUGACUAAUCAAAUAUACUCAAAUGCAUUACCAAAUUCUAUAAAA